UAAAAAUAAUUUAAAACUAAAAAAUAAAAGAAAAAUUGAAAAAAGUGGCAAAAGAUUGCAAACGUUGGCGCUCAUUUUGAGCACUCAGCGGAGCAAUCCUCGUCAAUUGAAAACCUAAUGUUAAUAAUUGGUUUCAUUAAUGAUUAUCACUUAUUUCGUGACGGCGGCAUCUGUUGAUAGUUGGAUAUCUUAUUAUUGCACGAGUAAAUUAAAAGGAGUUUCUGAAAAGGCGAACUACGAAAUAUUGAUAUAUUACCUUCAUUUUAUCUAGAUAUUUUAUUCCAAAACCGAUACUAUUAUAAAGUUAACUUACUCAGAACGUGAAGUAGGGCAUUAAUCAAAUCUUAAAAUAUAUAUUUCCAAAUACUAUAACCAACCAACCAAACCAACAUUUUAAUUAAAAAACAAAUUUACCAAUUACAGUAACUUAAUAAAAUAAUCUUCAUGAAUUUAAAAGAUACUCCUUAUGACACGUGAAAAGCGAUAAGGUUGGUUUUGGAGUUUUCGUUAACUCUCACACAAAUUCAAAAUCCCACUGCUACAAUCAUCAAAAUUUCUGCAUAAUCCCAGAAUAUGCAGCACCUUAAUCAUUCCUAGAAAGCAAAAAAAAGUCGAGAUAUUUUAAUUUUUAGCGCCAUGAGUGAAGCAGAGCAAGAUACUCAAAGUGAAACCGACCGUCUCUGCGAUUUCUGCAACGACUCGAAGGCGCUCCUCUACUGCCGCGCCGACUCCGCCAAGCUCUGUUUCAGCUGCGAUCGCGAGGUGCACUCCACGAAUCCGCUCUUCGAGAAGCACAACCGAUCGCUCCUCUGCGAUUCCUGCAGUUCCUCGCCCUCCUCCAUCUUCUGCUGCACCGAAUCCGCGGUUCUCUGCCAGAACUGCGAUUGGGAGUCUCACAACAACUUCGGCUCUAUCCACGACCGGCGCCCGCUGGAGGGCUUCACCGGCUGUCCUUCCGUCAGCGAGCUGCUAGGAUUUCUAGGGUUGCAUGAUUUGGGGAAGAAAAAAUUGGAUCUCGGCGGCGGUAACGAUGACGAAUUUUCGGAUGUGUUGGUGUGGGAGACGCCGUCGGUCGUCAGCCUCAAUGAUUUGAUCGUCGCGAAUGAUUAUGAUGAUUCUGCGCCUGCUUUUCAGGCUACCGGCGUGCCCUCUUUGCCUAAGAAUCGAAAUGCAUUGUGUGGUAAACACAAAGGAGAGAUAUUUAUCCAAUUACAAGAGAUGGCAAAGAAGGAUCCGAACUACAGUGGUUCCCUUGACUUUGAAGCCUAUACUGAAAGUACUCAGCCAGAAAUAACUGCAAAAUGUCUGAAGGCGAGUCCUGGCCUUGAAACUAAAGUGGAACCGCUAAAAGUCCCUUCUUAUGAGCGUAGUAAUGUUGAUUGGUGUUUUGUUGGAGGGGUUCAAGAUGAAGGCUUCCCUUCCACGUAUUUUGGUGAUUUCGCUGAAAUGAGCCAUUUAGUGCCAGACAAGGAUUCAGAUGCCUGUGACAGUACUGGUUUUGCAAAUGGUCUCCAAGAGAAGCAGUCAUGUGUUCCUGGGGAUUCCAAGGCCUUUCAACUGCUUCCUACUUCGGCAACACGUGAGCUCAACAGCCAAGAACGAGACUCUGCACUAUCGCGCUACAAAGAGAAGAAGAAAACUAGAAGGUAUGACAAGCAUGUGAGAUACGAAUCAAGGAAGGUUCGAGCAGAAAGUAGGAUGAGAAUAAAGGGUCGUUUUGCAAAGACGAAUCAGUAAUUUAUGCUCUGCAAUGGUGUUCGAGUGGUUUCAACUUUCAGAAGUGAGAUUAGUCAGGCAUCAAGUUUGUGCAGAUUCGAACGUCUGGUGAUAUAUGGGUCUGUAUAUAUUCUUUCGAUUAGCUGAUAUAUAUACUAACAGCAGCUUGUUAGGGAUAUUUAGCUUAGCUUGGCCUAGUUUGUGCUGUCAGUUAUACACCUUUGUAUGUUAUCAUCUUCUGGUUUGAUCCAGGAAUGUGUAUGUAUGUGUGUAGGUUUGUAGCAUCCGAAAUUAGUGAUAUGUAAGGUGAGGAGGAGUAUUUUUAACGGCGUGUGCCAUGUUUUGUUAUAAGAAUCUAUAGUUUCACUGUA